AUGCCUUCCCACGGCCAAUACACCACGGAAAAAAUUACAUAUCCCUCUCAUGGCGACACUGUUGCCGGGGUUAUGUUUUAUCCCACAAAUGUCACGAAUCCACCCGGUGUUGUUAUAACUGGUCCAUACUCUUUUGUCAAAGAGCAAGCGCCGUUGCAAUAUGCAACCCGUCUCGCGGAUGAAGGUUACGCAGCACUGAUCUUCGACCCACGCACCGUUGGUGAAAGCACUGGCGAGCCCCGGCGACAAGAAAACCCCAAAAUGAAAAACGAGGACAUGGUCGCAGGACUCGACUAUCUAUCGACACGCGGCGAUGUUGAUUCAUCUCGCCUCUUCUUAGUCGGGAUUUGUCAGGGCGGCCCUGAAUCUUUGGAUGUAGCUUCCUACGAUGAUCGAGUUGCAGGCGUGGCUUCGGUCUCUGGAUACUAUCGAGACCACGAAACCGAUAUUUACAUGAUUUGCGCUGGGUGUGUUGCAUGGACUCCUGGCGCCGACAUCGCGACGAUGACAAUGCCUACUCCUGAACAGGGAGAAGCCCUGUACAAAGCGCGACUUAAACGAGCUAAAGAAGCCCGUGAACUGUACGACAAGACUGGGGAAGUGGUGUACCAGCCACUGGUCGAUCCGAAGGCUGCUGACCCUAAUACUGGGUCGCUGGCCGGCCUUCCGGGACCAGUCGUCUGGUCCUGGUAUGGACCGUGGACGCUUAAGGGAUUUGAAAACCGAUACGCGGUGAUGAGCGACCUUGACCACUUUGAAUAUACCACUGUACCUGGAGUGGCAAAGCUGAACAAGCCCGCUCUGCUGAUCCACGGCGACAACUGCAUGAAUGCAGCGGCUGCGAAGCGCCACUAUGAUUCCAUCCCCACAAGCCAGAAAAAAUUGAUUUGGAACGACGAGGUUUCCCACUUCCAGCACUACGACCAGCCGGAUUGUGUUGAUCGCAAUGUGGGGGAUAUUGCGGCCUGGUUUGCGGAGGUCAAAUAG